CGUCUGUCGCUGCCUCGGCCUCAACGCCUCGCACGCACCUCCACCACCUGACCCUGAGCAACACCAACCAGCAACAACCCAUAUCAAUGUUGUAGACGACGCCGAGUCCCUUCUCCGAUCCUCUCGACAUCAUGGCUUCCUUCCUCCCUAGCCGCUUCCGCGGCGAAACUCCUGUCCCCCAGGCCGCCGCGCCCUCGUGGGCAUCGAAACGCCUCACCCCCCUCGUCCAGUUUCUCUCUCGACUUGCCUGCUCUCACCCUAUCCACACCGUGGUUACCGUCGCCGUCCUCGCCAGCACUUCGUACGUCGGCCUCCUUCAGGAGAGGCUUUUCGACCUCAAUGUCGAGAGUACAUCUGUGGGCAAGGCCGACUGGUCUUCUCUCGUCGAGGGAAGCAGAGUCCUUCUCGCCAGCCCCGACAACGCCUGGAAGUGGCAGGGCGUUGGCCAAGAUGCUGCCGCGGCUGCCGAAGCUGAGCACCUUGCGCUCCUGACCCUCGUCUUCCCCGACACCCUCUCGACCGACUCGCCCAGCACCGCGCCUCGUUCUCACCACGUCCCCAUCCCCGAGAACCUGACCAUCACCUCCCUGCCGUCCACCGCGAACCCCUUCACGGCCUACUCCCAGGACAGCAUCCUCGCCUACUCUCUGCCCUACCUCGAAGGCCCCGACUUCCUCGCCGCUACCCAAGAGAUCCCCAACGAAGACUCCGAGGAGAUCGAGACCGCCCACGGCCGCGAGAAGAAGACGUGGAUCAUGAAGGCCGCCAAGGUCAACACCCGCAACACCAUUAUCCAGUGGGCUAGCAACAAUUGGACCGAGUUCCUUGAUCUUCUCAAGAACGCGGAGAUCCUGGACAUUGUCAUCAUGUUGCUGGGCUACAUUGCCAUGCACUUGACCUUUGUCUCCCUCUUCCUGUCUAUGCGCCGUAUGGGCUCCAAGUUCUGGCUCGGCAUCUGCACCCUCUUCUCGUCGGUCUUUGCCUUCCUCUUUGGCCUGGCCGUCACCACCAAGCUCGGCGUUCCCAUCAGCGUCAUUCUCCUGUCCGAGGGCCUGCCUUUCCUUGUUGUCACCAUUGGCUUCGAGAAGAACAUUGUCCUCACCCGCGCUGUCAUGUCUCACGCCAUUGAGCACCGACGUGCUCAGAUCCAGAGCUCCAAGUCUGGCAAGCGCUCCCCCGAGCGUGGCACCGACAACGUCAUCCAGUACGCUGUCCAGGCUGCCAUCAAGGACAAGGGUUUUGAGAUUGCCCGCGACUAUGCCAUUGAGAUUUUGAUCCUGGUCCUUGGCGCUGCCUCUGGUGUUCAAGGUGGCCUGCAGCACUUUUGCUUCUUGGCUGCUUGGAUUCUCUUCUUCGACUGCAUCCUGCUCUUCACCUUCUACACCGCCAUUCUUAGCAUCAAGCUGGAGAUCAACCGCAUCAAGCGCCAUGUCGACAUGCGCAUGGCCCUCGAGGACGACGGUGUUAGCCGACGCGUUGCUGAGAACGUCGCCAAGAGCAAUGACAACUGGCCGGGUGUCAACGGCGACAAGGAUUCGUCUCUCUUUGCCACCAAGAGCAGCAGCAUCCCCAAGUUCAAGGUUCUCAUGAUCCUGGGCUUCAUCUUUGUCAACAUUGUCAACCUGUGCUCCAUCCCUUUCCGCAACCCCAGCUCUCUGUCCAGCCUUCGAUCUUGGGCCAGCAGUCUCGGCGGCGUUGUGUCUCCUCUCACUGUCGACCCCUUCAAGGUUGCCUCCAACGGCUUAGACGCCAUUCUGGCUGCUGCCAAGGCCAACAACCGACCCACCCUUGUCACCAUCCUCACCCCCAUCAAGUACGAGCUGGAGUACCCCUCCGUCCACUAUGCGCUGGGAUCGACUGUCGGUGGAAACAGCCCCAACGUGGAUGGUGGAUUCAACCAGUUUGAGGGAUACGGCGUUGGUGGCCGCGUCGUCGGUGGCCUGCUCAAGAGCCUCGAGGACCCCGUUCUCUCCAAGUGGAUCAUCGUUGCUCUAGCUUUGAGCGUCGGCUUGAACGGCUACCUCUUCAACGUCGCUCGCUGGGGUAUCAAGGACCCCAACGAACCUGAGCACCCCAUCGACCGAAGUGAGCUGGCCCGCGCUCAGCGAUUCAACGAUACCAGUGCCACUACUCUUCCUUUGGGCGAGUAUGUCCCCCCUACCCCUCAGCGCACCCAGCCUAGCACACCAGCCGCCACCGACGAUGAGACCGAUAUGAUGCAAAUGGCCCGCCCCCGACCCUCGACUGCCCCCAACCGCCCCAACGCUGAAAUCGAGAAGCUUCUGGGCGAGGGUCGCGUUCCCGAGUUGAGCGACGAGGAGGUUGUCUCCCUGUCUAUGCGUGGCAAGAUCCCUGGUUAUGCCCUGGAGAAGACUCUCAAGGACUUUACUCGUGCUGUCAAGAUUCGUCGUACCAUCAUCUCUCGAACCAAGGCUACCUCCGAUCUUACUCAUGUCCUGGAGGGAUCCAAGCUGCCUUUCGAGCACUACAACUGGGAGCGUGUCUUUGGUGCUUGCUGUGAGAACGUCAUUGGUUACCUGCCCCUUCCUGUCGGUGUUGCCGGACCCCUGGUCAUUGAUGGGCAGAGCUACUUUAUCCCUAUGGCUACCACCGAGGGUGUCCUUGUUGCCAGCACUAGCCGAGGCUGCAAGGCCAUCAACUCCGGUGGCGGUGCCAUUACUGUUUUGACCUCUGAUGGCAUGACCCGUGGACCCUGUGUUAGCUUUGAUACUCUGGAGCGAGCCGGCGCUGCAAAGAACUGGCUUGACUCCGAUGCUGGUCAAAACACCAUGAAGAAGGCCUUCAACUCGACUAGCCGAUUCGCCCGACUGCAGCACAUGAAGACGGCCCUCGCCGGUACCAACCUGUACAUCCGAUUCAAGACCACCACCGGUGAUGCCAUGGGCAUGAACAUGAUCUCCAAGGGUGUCGAGCAUGCCCUUAGUGUCAUGUCCAACGAGGCUGGCUUUGACGACAUGCAAAUCGUCUCCGUCUCUGGAAACUACUGCACUGACAAGAAGGCCGCGGCCAUCAACUGGAUUGACGGACGAGGCAAGGGCAUUGUGGCCGAGGCCAUCAUUCCUGGCGAUGUGGUCCAGAAGGUCCUCAAGAGCGACGUCGACUCUCUGGUUGAGCUGAACAUUUCCAAGAACUUGAUUGGUUCCGCCAUGGCCGGUUCCGUGGGUGGAUUCAACGCCCACGCUGCCAACAUUGUUGCUGCCAUCUUCCUUGCCACUGGUCAGGACCCUGCCCAGGUUGUUGAGAGCUCCAACUGCAUUACCAUUAUGAAGAAGUAAGUUUGAUCUCAGUUGGUAUGGAAUUUCGCUAACCACUUGUAGCCUCAACGGAGCACUGCAAAUCUCGGUGUCUAUGCCUUCUCUAGAGGUUGGAACUCUCGGU